UUUUCAGUUUUCAACUUCAACGAUAAUACUCAGUACUUUACUGUUUACCAUCGAGUUAUCUCAAUAUUUAGAUAAGGAUUCGACAAGCUUCUUUGAUAACGUAACAUUACGUCACAGUGCUGUUACAGGUCGGGCUGUGAGUAGAGUGCAAUAAACUCCAACAAACCCAGUAAUCGAACAAUUUGGAUGUGUGGAAAAUUAUUUUAAUCAAGGAUGAAGGACGACAUAAUCUACCUAGUGUUACUGGGUUUGUGCAUUGGAUUUGGCAAUUUUUACCGAAAAAUUCAGGAUCCGGAGCAGAAAAAAUGGAUUGGUACCGCAGCCGGUUUGCUGGUUAUACUUUCGACAUCUGGAUUCCAUACGUUGCAUAUGCUGUUCUGUUAUCUGGUGUGCGGUCUUAUCAUAAUCUUCUGUAAUCGAAAAUCAUGCCACAUGCUGAGCUUCGCAUUCAUGUUCGGGUAUCUGUUCCUAUUCCGCUCGGUAGCCUAUCUGUGCUGCGAAGCACCACCAGGACACAGCAAUAUGAUUCAGAUGGUUCUUACAUUGAAAUUGGUCGGUUUAGCUUUUGAAGUGAAUACAGCCUAUUUAAAAUCGAAGGAAAUUGACCGGACAAAAAAGGAUGACUCCCAAGACUCAUUAGUAGAAGUUCUAAGCGACAAUGAGAAGGCUCUCUUGAAACUGGAUAUGUUGGAUAUUCUGCACUAUUCCUUUAACUACGUCGGAGUGCUGACAGGUCCCUAUUUUACCUACAAAACUUUCCGCGAUGCUAUAUAUCUACCAUUUAGCACCAAAGCGGACUGUUAUGGAGCCACCGUUGAAAAACUUAAGGUCAUUCCACUCUAUGCCGGCUUAUUUUUGUUAAUCUCGUACAUUUGGCCACUGGAUUAUGCGACAUCCAGCGAGUUCUACGAGGAACGUUCGUUUAUCUACCGACUGAUGUAUGUCUGGCCCACUUUCUUCAUUUUCCGUAUGCGGAUUUACACAGGUAUCCUACUGAGUGAAUGUGUUUGUACGAUGGCUGGUUUAGGCGCCUACCCGAAAGGCUGUGAAAAUAAAUGCGGCCAUGGCCCGAGUAAGGACUUUUCGAGUUUGAUAAGCAACCCCCCGGAGGAUAACGAUUAUGAUUUCGAAACGGUACGCAACAUCGACGUGAUAAAUACGGAAAAAUGUUGGACUUUCCGAGAAGCAAUGAAAUACUGGAACAUGUGCGUCCAGUACUGGAUGGCGAUGUACGUGUAUAAGCGUUUUCCAAGCAAAAAGUACCGCACACUAGCAACAAUGGCCGUUUCCGCAAUCUGGCACGGAGUUUAUGCUGGGUACUAUUUCUGUAUUUGUGCGGCUCCGUUUUAUUUACCCGUUGAGGAUAUAUACGUAAAGUUGUUCAUAAAGGGAGCCACUGGAACGAAACUUAAAAUAUUGAACGUUAUUUGUUGGAUCUCGAAAUUUUUCGCUUUCUCCUAUAUGGGCAUUGCGUUUCUGCUUUUGACGAUCGACAAAAUAUGGUUCUACUAUGGAUCGGUGUAUCAUUUCCCCUACAUCAUGUGGGCAACCCUGUACAUAGUAGGCGUCUUGAUUGCCAAAUCCAGAAAAACCAAAACAAAUUGAACGGACAAAGUUCAGCAAGGCAAUGCUAAAUAGAUCCGCCUGAGUGGGUGGAUUUUGCUUCUAGACAAAGAACAAACUCAAAUAGAUUCUUUAUACUCAGUGUCGUGUUGUUUUCGAUUUGCAGUUAAAAUUAAAAUAGUAAAUAAAUUAUCAAAACUAAUGAAAUUAUUAGCAGCAGCAUAGCUACGUCUAGCAACGUAACAUACAAACGUGCAAUCAUCGUCAUAGGAAACCGAUUGGUAAAAUUUAUGCAUCAUGAAACACCCACUGAUUUAGUAGCUAAUCAUAGCUAUAAGGCCGAUAAGAUAACAGCGACUGGAAGUAAAAGUCGGAAGGACUGAUUCGUCAAACCGCCUUAUUAUGCUUGUGAUGGAAAAAUGAGCUAAAAGGUGUAAAUUUCGGACUGAGGACUUCUGCAUAAGAAUCGUUUAAGUAGAACUGCGAGUGUAAAAACCUGCUGAAGAAAGAGGCGCUUUUUAUUGCUUAUUUUUUAGCUGACUUUUGGUGUGGAAUGAAGUUUAAGAUUUUUCUAUCUAAGAAACCUCCUUCUUUAACUGGUAUUACACUAACGAUUAUGUAAAAAAAGACGACUCAAUAAUAGUAUGUAAAAUUCCUGCAGCUAUGUUUUCUGCGUAAAUCAAACCAAAUAAAUAAAUUGAAUUAAA